AUGAAUACGCAUCAUGUCUCUCGAUCUCGGACUCUCCCGCUUCAAGAGAUAUUCGUUCAGGCCCUGUCGGAGGAUGCUUACCGUGCAGCUACCGAGGACGCCUCUGCCUUCGUGCAAUCGCUAUGUCGUGAGCAGAGAAUUCUCCGACAAGGUUCCACCUUUACCAUCGAUGCUGCAGACAUGCCUUCGCAAUCUGUGGAUCAGAGCAGAAGCACAUUACAAUAUCGAUUGACCAUGUUAGAGCCCGUUCUCCAAGGGUACGCUGACAAAGACUCGACCAGAGUCGUCAUCAUACCUACUUCGGAUGAUACGCCUACGAAGAACGGCACCUCUUUCAAUGGAUCCUCUAUAACCUCAUCUAGCGACGAUGUGGACGAUGAAAAUGAUGACCUCGAAAUUGAUGAGAGCUUCUUGGCCAACUCGCUCAACUCACACAUGCCAAACGGUGUGGAAUAUCACGACGCAGGGCCCUCCACUCCUGAUGACAAUCUUCAUUCUUCUUUGAUGUCGUCUUCAUCUGGACACGAGUUCACUGCCCAACCAUUGCCUGAUGAUCUCGUGGCGCCAUUGGCGAGCGAGUUCACUGUGUUCGUUCGCACUUCGGAUCUUCCUCGUGUUGGCAUUCAAGACGGUGAUUGGGCUUUGGCCCGUUCAAAAUAUUCUAUCAAGUCACGACUUGUCCGUGUGAAGGCGCAUGAUGAGAUGGUGAAGACGUCUGGACAUGCAUAUGCGUCACUCAUUCUGCUGCGAAACGUAUUCCACGAAAUUUCAAUCGAGGACGGCAAGCUUCAUCUCCAAGCGUGUCCAGGGGGCUUACCGCCCUCUAUUCCUAUUGCUAAGACCGUGACUGUCGCUCGAGUGGCGUCCAGAGUUUCAACGAACCGUAUAUACCAGCAAGCGUUACUGCAGUCUUUGAAAGACUACUUCGACCGUAGCAAGCGUCUGAUUUCACAAGGCGAUCUUUUGGCCGUUCCUGUGGAUAUCGCAUCCAAGUUGGGCACCACUGACGAGGAAGCAGGUGAAGUCUUGGUCAACGAUGACUCGCUCGAACACUUCGUCGUGACAAGUAUCGACUCCAAUACCUCGGGAGUACGUCACGAUCGACCAGCAGGAGACGUCUAUGUCGGCGAACUGGGCUCUUGGGUAGACCCUUCAAUGACGCGGAUGUUACAAACCGGCGUUGAGCACGUCCGAAUUCCUCACUAUUUUCCUACCGAUAUGCAAGCAUCAUCGAGCAAUGAACAGGAUCGUGUCAUCGUCAACCGAAAAGCGUUUGACCAGAUUUAUGCCCUGACUUCUGCGACAUUUUCACCUCAAGCGUCGACGUAUGAUCUCCCUCUUUCCAUACUGCUUAAAGGCCCUCGAGGGACUGGAAAGUUUACCACUGCUGCUCAAGUUGCACAAAGUCUUGGCAUGCAAGUGUUCGAGAUUAACUGCUACGAUAUCUUGGGCGUGAAUGAUACGAAAGCAGAGGGUUUCUUACGAGCUCGAUUCGAUCAAGCGACGUCUUGCGCUCCCUGUAUCAUCGUUAUGCGACAUCUUGACGCCUUUGCCCAAUCUACUCAGGCGCCGGAACCUGGUAAAGAGCCACCCUUAGUCACCGCUUUAGAAGAGUUGUUCGCGGAUUUAUAUGGUGCAUGGCGGCUUUUUGGCUACCCUGUGCUAGUUUACGGCACAACCAGUGAGCCAGGACGGGUGCCACCGCCAAUAUCCGCCUGUUUCAAGCAUGAAGUAGAGUUUGAGGUCCCUGGCGAGUCCGAGAGACUACAAAUUUUACAAUCGUUAUUAUCGUCGCGCGCCAUUGCACCGGACGUCUCGCUCCAGGACCUGGCUCGACGGACUGCAGCUUUGGUCGCCGCCGACCUGCGAGACCUGGUCACCAGAGCAGACAUCGCUGCUAUCACUCGUGUCAUGGAGGCGGUACCAGACGAGUGCAGCGAGGAAGAUGUAUUUGUGGCGGGAAUGGCGCUCACAACAGCCGAUUUUGAUGUCGCGAUGAACGAAGCCAGAGCGUCGUACUCACAUAAUAUAGGAGCACCUACGAUCCCGAAUGUGUCCUGGGACGAUGUUGGUGGUCUGGCGAAUGUGAAGUCUGAGAUCUUGGACACCAUCCAACUUCCGCUGGAGCACCCCGAAUUAUUCGCUCAAGACCUCAAGAAACGUUCCGGCAUCCUCCUUUACGGUCCACCAGGAACAGGCAAAACUCUCCUCGCCAAAGCCGUUGCCACCUCCUGCUCCCUCAAUUUCUUCUCCGUCAAAGGCCCUGAACUCCUCAACAUGUACAUCGGCGAGUCGGAAGCUAACGUGCGGCGCGUGUUCCAACGUGCUCGAGACGCACGUCCUUGCGUUAUCUUCUUUGACGAGUUGGACUCCGUGGCGCCGAAGAGGGGGAACCAUGGCGAUUCAGGAGGAGUGAUGGAUAGGAUCGUCAGCCAGUUGCUAGCUGAGUUGGAUGGGAUAUCGGCCGGUGGGAGUGGGGAUGUCUUCGUCAUUGGGGCGACCAACAGGCCGGAUUUGUUAGAUUCGGCGUUGCUGAGACCUGGAAGGUUUGACCGUAUGCUGUACCUCGGGGUCAGUGACACGAAGGAAGCGCAGGUGAACAUCCUUCAAGCACUUACGCGCAAAUUCCGUCUGGAUCCGAACCUGGACUGGGACGCGAUCGUCGACAAGUGCACGUUCAACUUUACUGGAGCAGACUUCUACGCGUUAUGUUCUGACGCGCUCCUCAAAGCCAUGUCUCGCAAAGCCGAAGCCAUCGACCAAAAACUUUCUAUCUUCAAUCAAUCCCCCGAAGCAGCCGGCAACCAUCCUAUCCCAGUCACCCCACAGUACUACCUUUCCGAAAUCGCAACGCCAGAAGAGGUCGAGGUGACAGUCUCACAGGAAGAUUUCGAGGCAGCACUGCGCGAGCUGACGCCGAGCGUGAGUCAAUCAGAGAUGGAGCAUUACGCAAAGGUACAACAGCGGUUCUCCAGCACUAGUACUAGUGAAACUACGGGUGACCAUGAUAGAGACUCGGAUGGUGGGGAAUAA